AUGAAUCAAAAAAUAGGAAACGAUUUUAGCGCAAACAAUAUGAACCUCUUAGAAGAACGCCUUAAACGUUACGAAGAUGAAGCAGGCCAAAUUAGUAGUACAUUAAAAUUAAUAGACAGAGUUUCAUAUUUACGAAAAAACAGAGAAAAUGAUUCAUCAAAGGCAAUCAUUAGUAUUGAAGAUUCAAUGAACCUUGAUCUUUGUUUCGUUCUGGACUGUACAAGCUCUAUGUCGCCUCAUAUCAAAGCAACGAAAGAGCAUAUACUAAAAGUGGCUAGUUACGUAAACAGCUAUAAUUCAAAUAUCCAAUUCUGGGUUGGUUUCUGUGGCUAUCGUGAUCAUUCUGAUCUUAAUUAUCGCUUACAAAUUUUAGAUUUUACUAACUCUCUCGAGAACUUUAAAACGUACAUAACCAAUAAAGUGACGGCUAAAGGUGGCGCUGACACGCCAGAAGACGUCUUAGGCGGUCUUAAUGCUGCAAUAACUGAGAUGACGUGGAGCAAUGCCACUCGUGUUAUUAUUCAUAUCGGCGAUGCGCCACCACAUGGUCGUCGUUUUACCAACUUAAAUGAUGAUGACUAUCCAGGAGGUGACCCGAAUGGUCUAACUGCAGAAAGUGUGCUAAAGAAAAUGCAAUUAAAAAAGAUUUUAUAUUACUUUGGAAAAAUUAAUUAUUCUACCGAUGUUAUGAUUAAUGUAUUUCGUGAAAUAAUUGGAGAGUUUCCUACAUUUGAUCUUAUGACUACAGGACAUAAUCUUGAGGAAUUAGUCAAUAAAUUUUGCAAGGCUACUUCUUCAGCCAUCUUUUCUUCUAUUACACUAACCACAACUUUAAGAAACUCGAAAAGCAUAUACUCUUUGCAACGAAAGAAACUUCAAAUCAAUCCACACGAACCUGAUUGGACUACUCAUCCAGAGAAAAUAGGAAAACUUUUAUGUUGUAUUCCACCUAAAAAUCUUGCUGAA